AUGAAGUUUUCCAACGCCGCCCUUGCCACUAUGUUGGCUGCCUCUGCCUCGGCUCAGGCCAUCCCCGUUGAUGUUGUUCAAGACACUGGCUUGGAAAAGAGAGCCGAUCUUGACGACGUUCUCGGUGCCAUCCAAAACUUGGUUGACGUCCUCAACACCAAGCGGGACCUUGAUGUUGCCGCCAUUGACUACGCUGAAAUGAUGAAGCGUGACGUUGACUGGGGUGCCCUCAUUAAACAGGUCCUCCUGGCCCUUCCUGGCUUGAUCAAGACCGUCUGGGACUCUGGUAUCAUCCAACAACUCUUCAGCGCCAUCUGGAACAACCAAACCAUCAAGGAUGCUAUCUUCAACGGCAUCAAGUGGGUGCUCAACACCAUUUUGGGCUUCUUCACUAAGUCCUCGGGCACCCCCGCCGCUGCCGCCGGCUCUGCUCAAACCAAGAGAAUGUUGGCCGAAAUUGAACGUCUCCAAACUGCCAACGACCUUUCGGCUCGUGACUUUGCUGACACUCUCGGUUCCAUUAUCAAGUCUAUCUGGGACUCAGGUAUCAUUCAAAGCAUUUUCAACUCGGUUGUGAACUGGAUUAAGACCAACCCCGACCAAUUCCAAAACUUGCUCAAGCUGGCCUUGUCGGUGGUUUCAUCGUUGGUUUCGAGCAUCUGGAACUGGGCUCAACAAAACGGUUACGUUGAAAAGGCGUUCCAAUGGAUUGGCGCCAACAUUGGUAACAUUCUUACCACUGUUAUCAACUUCAUCUUGAGCUUGUUCGGUGGCAACAAGGCUGGCACUACUACUACUAGCGCUGCUCCCGCGCCUGCUCCUGCUGCUACUGGCGCCGCCAAGAAGAGAGAAUUCAACAGAAUGUACUAG